GCUCACUGCUGCAUCCAUGUUCUGCAUCAGACUUGUCUGAUCUCAUAUUGGUUGCUGCUUGCACCUUUCAUUAAGAAAAGAACAUCAAUCUCGUGAAAUAUUUCCUUGCUAUUCUGCUAAAGGCACAGGGAAGAGAAUCAACGAGGCGUGGGUGAUUGUAUUCUUGAAUUGUGUCUGUCAUUGACAAGUGAGAUUUGUCUUCAUAUUUGAUACGCCAUGACUCGUGGUAUGUGGCUCCGACGUUCCUCAAGCAGAAGCAGGAAGAGGAGGAAGAUGGCUGAUGAUCAAGAAGCUAGUACGAGUAGUGCUCCUCCCAAGAAGCGCUCCUCCCCCGCCAAAUCGGACAGCUCACAGCGCAGCCCCAACGUGAAGCGGAAGCGCACCCAAGCCGACCGCUACCAGUCCGAUGUGGUGGAGGCAUUCUCCAAGCCUUCCAAGACCAGGACGCCUGCCUCGGCCAAGAAAGAAGUCUACUUUGGGAAGGGGGCCUAUCUGGCAGUCAGAAGUGAUGCUGGUUUCUUCCUUUGCCAAUCCUUGAAGAUAGUCUACGACAUCAGCCGCAAACUUGCCAUCCAAUGGCUUGAGGAGACCAAGCCAGGCAUCUACAAGAUGUCUUUCCUGGACUUUGUGGACCGAGACAGCGUCCUCACCCAGGUCCAGCUCAGGCCGGCCGGAGAGAAAGGACUCAAGAAGCUGCCAGAGACGGAGAUCUCCAGGAUCGAUAAGAUCAUCAAUAUCUCAGUAAAGAAAGAGAAAGGACAACUCAGUGAAGCCGAUGGUCGUGCCUCUCUGGACCAACUCUCAGAGCAAAUUGCUAAUUCCAAAGGGAGAAAGAGGAAAGAGCCGGCCACCCCCUCCACCCCUGCAAGACCCAAACCGACUCCGAACCGCAGGAGGAAAGUCCCUACCAAGACCAGAGCAGUCGCUUCCAAGAUCCUCAAGAGUGCCAAGGAUAGGUCGUCUGGAAGGAAGAAGGCUGCAGCGAAAGCGAAGAAAAAGGCUAUCCCAAAGGGCAGAGCAGGAAAGAAAAAGGAUGAAAAGGUCGCCAAAGGACGAGGCAAGCUUGACCCCAACCGUAAACUUGUCCCCAACAACAAGAUCGAACUGGUCAGCAAAGAUCCCAUGUUUGAAGUGAAAAAUGAGAACAGCAUGCCCGAAGUGUCCAAGGUAGUUCAGUGUAAGAGAGCGAUCCGGGCAGUCCUCACCAACGACAUGCCUCUCCUCAAACAACUCUUGACAGACACUAAACGAGUGCCUUCAGUCUUUCUUCAGAGAAGCGUUGCCGUGCCAGAGACCGCUCUGGGAUAUGCCAUCAAGAGUAACAGUCAACCAUUCAUCCGAGCAUUCCUGAAUGAGCUGAAGAGCAAUCCAAGCCGAUGUGAGAUGCCCGUUCACAGUCUAACAAAGGAAAAUACUGGCAGUUACAACUACAGGAGUCUUGGGCAUGCUGUACGGGCCAUCAACGUAUCACGAGGAGGACGAGAAGGGCAGGAUGCAUUCCUCAAAGACAGUUUUGCUCGACGGGAAGAUGAUACAAGCAUUGCUCAUAAAUUGACCGAUUCAGAUGUCUCUAUGACGACGAUGGAUCUCAUAUGCAAAGAAAGACAGGGAGUAAAAAAUGUUGUAUGCAAUGACCUUCAGAAGCUGGUUAGGAGAGGAAACAGGAAGGUUGCUGGGGAACUCUUUAAGCGUCAGGAGCAGGAAGGUGGACAUGGCUUCAACAGAUUGCAUUCAGAGGUGUUGCUGUGUGAUAAACCAGAAGAGCUCACUCCGUUCAAGGCUGUCUCGGUCAAGAAGAAACCAUACGCAUGCGAUAGGAUCAUGCCAAUCCAUUGUGCUGCCAUCAACCCCAACCCCAAGAUCCUUGAGAAGCUUCUGAACACCGUGCCGGAGCUCAACCUUGCCGAUACCAAAGGAAAGAAGAUCAUCCACUACGCUGCUGCCUGCACGGGGUCUGGACCGCUCGAACUCCUCAUUCAGAGGUCAGCGUUUGCAGACGACACAGAUAACCAAGGGAACACACCGCUCAUGGUAGCCGCUUCACUCAACAGGACACAGAACAUUGAGGUCCUUGUCAAGAAACUCAAAUCAGAUGAAAAGGGUGGAGUGUUCCGAAGAAAUACAUUUGGUCAGACACCACUUCACUAUGCUGCAGAGAAUGGACAUAAUGAUGCUGUUCGAGCACUACUCAAGCAUGGCGCAAACCUGCAAGCAACUUUAUCAGCCGGCAAGAACAAACUCACCCCAUUCAUGGUAGCUUGUGAACGGGGUCACCUUCAGACGGUCAAGAUCAUGGCUGACCAUGGGGCUAUUCUUGACCAGAGAGAUAAAUUAAAGCGGACGCCCCUGAUGCUGGCUGCUAUUAACGGGCAUGUCCCCGUCGCCGCAUUCCUACUUCGGAAGGGAUGCGACCCGAACGCCAGCGACUCAUCAGGGAAUUCCCCUCUCCAUUAUUCUGCUGCAUAUGGAUGGUGGUUUAUGCUCCGGCUUCUCCUCUCGGCUGGCGCGGACCCGAAUGCACUCAACGAUUGGAAGGUACCACCCCUAGCCAUUGCCUUCAUGAAGGGCCACGUGGGAUGCGCCGACCUGCUCCUGGAGGACUCCAACGCAGAUGUGAACUUCCGUGAUGCCGACGGCUGGACGAUCGUGAUGCUGACCGUGAGCCAGCUGACCCCUGAGAUGUGGGAGCAGCUGAAGUACCUGGUGGAGGAGAAGAACGCCAGUGUGACCCUCAAGGAUGCCAACGACUGGACUGCGCUUCAUCAUUUGGCAGCCGCUAACUUCCAUCAGGGUACCUUGGCAAAGAGGGACGAGAGGAAGAAGAUCAGUGUCGACAUGGCGACCUUCCUCAUCUCCAAAGGAUGUGAUAUCCAUGCCAAGACGUCGGACGGAGAAACGGCCCUUGACAUUGCUAUCAAGAGGAAUCAAGUCAACGCUGACAUGGUCAAGUUCCUCCUGGGCAAAGGCAGUAAGCUAACCAACUUCACCAAUGAGAAGAAUGAGAAUCUGCUUCAUCUGAUGGCCCAACGAUGCCUUGACACUGAUCAGAUUGAACUCUUGAACAUUGUGGCUGAAAAUAUGAAGAAUGAGUGUUCUGCUGAUAGUAAACUUGCUAAUGACACCGCCGCCCAGACUCCAUCAGCGGCCCAGCCCAAUGCUUUCAUCAAGCAGCUCGCUCAGGCCAGAGACUCGUCGUGCUAUACUCCGCUGCUGAGAUGGGCUGUUACGUAUGUUACGUACUCCAGUCGCAAGAAUGAAGAGCAAAAUGAAAGAGGCAGAUCAUUUUUAAAGCGUUUGCUUGAACUAUCACAUUCAGAUAUCAAUGCCAAGAUAUUGAAGAAGGAAAACACUCGGGAUGCUCAUGCUGAAAAGAAUGUGCUCCACUUGCUCUGUGAGAUGACUGAGAAAUCGAAGGCGGGGCUCAGUAGUUUCCCAGCCCUGGACACCAUCCUUUCGUACAAACCCGACCUCAAUGCCAGAGACAAGGAUGGACGUACCCCUCUGAUCAAGGCUGUGAAGACAGGCCGAAUCGCACUUGUAGAGAAACUUGUGAAGGAAGGGGCAAAUGUGAAUCUGAAAUCCCAAGAGAAAGACAGCGACAAACUGGCCACACCCCUCAAUCUUGCCAUGAGGGAUGGUCAUUUUGGGAUGGUAGAUCUCCUCAUCACUGAUUCCACGGUGAAUGCUCCUAACGAACCGAACAGGCUCACACCAUUCCACUUUGUGGCCAUGUCACACCGCAAUGUGCUUAGUCAGGUGAUCUGUCAGGUGAUGCGGAAGCUCCUGGCCAAAGGAGCCAGGAUCCAGGCCAGAGACUGGAAAGGGAGGACACCCUUACACUAUGCAUGCAAGACCUAUAUCAAUGACAGGGAUCCAAGCACGGAUGCCCUGGAGCUCCUCCUAGACAACAAGGCUGACGUCUUCGCCGAGGACAACGAAGGAAGACUGCCACUCCACUACCUCUUCUUUGAUAUGGAUAAUCCGAAUGAGAAAUCUUCAAUUGAUCCCAUCGAGGCUUCAAGUCUGUUGAAAGACGCUAUGAGGAAACAGAAGAUAGGUCACCCAGACAAGCAAGGACAGACCCCCAUCCAUGCUGCAGCUCUAAGAGGGGCUAUUAUCUCACUUAUGGAUCUUGCUGAUUGUGUUAACAGUGUGGAUACGAGAGACUCUGUUGGAAACACUCCCCUCUCUAUGGCUUGUAUGGGAGAACACAUCAGUGUGGUGAUCUUCCUGCUCCAGCAGGGGGCCAACAUCUCAGCGACCGUCACCCGCCUCGAGCCCCUCAAGGACGAAGAGGCGGAGAAAGCCCGGAAGAAGAAAGAAGAAGAGGAGAAGACGAAGGAGCAUUUCUGGGAGUGGAGGCCCCUGCGGGAGAAGACGGGCAGGACGGCGAUGCCGACCGUUGCGGAGACCCUGUUCAGGAGGGUGGUGAAGAACGGAUGGCAGGGAAUCCUCUUCCUCCUCAUGGACAGACUGGAGAAGUUCAAAGUACCUUACAUCACACCUAUCAAGGCAGCUAUUGAGGAGCACAGAUAUCAGAUGGCUUUGAAUCUAGUCUCCAAGUCCAGAGGUCACAAGGUCGAUGGUGUCGCUGCGAAGCAACAGAACCUUCUACACAUCCUGGCCUUACAGCCUGCUGAUCAGCUUUCUAACAAGGUUGCUGAGAAAUUACUUUCAAAGGGAGUAAGCCUCACUCAUGACCAGUUCAAAUGUACACCGCUAACUUAUGCCGUCCUUUCUGAAAACAUAGGGCUUGCAAAGUUCUUGUGGGGUCAUAUGAAGCAGCAGGGUGGCAAGCAGGCAUUGACCAGUACUGACGUGAAGGGACGAAACCUCUUGGCCACAGCUUUCUGGAGGAGGGAAUACUUUGACACAAAUCUAGUCAGCUGGCUGGUGGAGGUUGGCGCCUCCCUCAACGUUGCAUUCCCGGUUCCCCUGUGGGAGACCGAGGGGAGGGGUGCAGAGACCAUCCCGGCCGACAAGCUGGAGGAGUGGUUCCACCACCGUGAAGACCACCCGGUGGGCUACCUCACACCCCUCCUAGCCGCUCUCAGGGUCGCCAGCUUCGACCGUGUCAAGUUCCUCCUGACCAAAGGGGCGGACCCUAACUUACCGGCCAAGGACAUGCUAACCCCACUCAUGUGUGCUGUCAGGAAGAAUAAUCUCAAACUUGUGAAGCUUCUUCUGAACUAUGACUAUGACCCAGCAAAAGAUAGCAAUGCAGACUCGUCAUCUACGAAAACUGCAAACCCUACUUUUAAUUCGUUGGGUUCUUUUGGAGUCAGCAAGUGGAAAUCUGGAGGUCCCGGUCUCUUCAACGGAGAUGAUGCCGAGAUGGACGAGGAUGAGGAGGAGGAGGAUGAAAUCGAUGAAGAGAACGAAGAUGAAGAGAAUGAAGAUGAUGAGAACGAAGAUGAAGAUGCAGAGAUGGACGAGAAUGGCGAUGAAGAGAACGAGGAUGAUGAGGAGGAGAUGGACCAUGAUGGAAGCCAAGAGAACGGAGAAGUCUCGGAGGAGGAUGACAAGGAAAAAGAUAAAAAUAAACCAGAAGAGAAAGAGAAACCUUUCGUCAAGACGAGCAACGUUGACCUCUCUGCGAGAGACUCUAGAGGGCGCACUGUCAUCCAUCACCUUAUGUGUACAUGCGACUUUGGCACGUACCAGAAUAAGGCCAUGCUAAAUCUGUUCCACAGUUUAGGGGUUCCCCUUGACACCAAGGAUGGCGAGGGGAAGUCCCCAUUGGACUAUGCCUUGGAAGCUGGCUCACACGUCAUGGCAGAGCUGUUACAGAGGCUGCAGGGCAUUAAGAAACCUCAAAUGCAACUACCAACCUUGAAGAAGAGUACUUGGACAGAUGGUUAUUCUUGGGCUGGAGAACCCAGUAUCGACUUCAGGGAAGAUUCCAGGGCACUCCUGACCAAAGUAAAAGAGGAGAGUGAAAAGAACCUUGAGGAACUCCCCAAGUAUCCCAAACCCAAAGUGGACAAAGAUGCUCAGCUCAAGGAAGCAGGUGAGGUAUUGAUGGACACAGAACAAGACAUUCCAUAUGAUAUAUUGAUGACCAAGGUUGACAUUCGAUAUGGCCAGUACGGCAUGAACAACUUCUACAAGAUGCAGGUUGUCUUUGCCAAAGGGAAGGACAUGUACAUCCUGCUGACGAGAUGGGGGCGCAUCGGAGAUUCGGGUCAAUUCCAACGAACCCCCUUCGGCACGAAAGAGGAGGCCGUCACAGAAUUCUGCAAGAUCUUCAAAGCAAAGAGUGGCAAUUCAUGGUCCCAGGUCAAAGAAUUCUCCAAGCAUCCAGGGAAGUACAACUUGGUGAGAACAGACCCGUACUUUGAUAGGAGAACCGUGAAGAACGUAGAGUUCAACCUCAAGUCAGACAAACCCUCCAAACUCCACUCAGGGACACAGAAAUUACUUCAGACACUCACUUCACCAAGUAUGUUGAAACACGCGAUGAAGCAGUGUGGGGCAUCAGAGAAGUACCUACCUUUUGGCCACUUACAAAGAGAAGUCUUGGACCAAGCAUCCAAAAAACUACAAGAAAUCCAGGACAACAUCAAGAAGUUGGAGAAGGCUACAGCUAUGAAUGAAAGAAUUGAAAUAUACGACAAGAUGGCUGCAUUGAGUUCCGAUUUCUACAUGCUGGUACCCAACGACUCCUUCACACAUCAGAGCAUGGAGCCCAUUAAUGAUGCAAACACUGUAGAGACCUUGAUGCAGCAUCUAGCCGAUAUGGCUGACUUGGAGCUGACGGGGAACCUGAUGCUUGGUGCACAGCAUAGAGUUGCAGAUAUGAACCCUCUGGAUUAUAUCUAUCGAUGCUUAGACUGUGAGAUUGUCCCACUGGAAGAGGAUGAUGUCAUGGCUCAACUUAUUCUUCAACAGAUUUACAAGACAAAGGAUAGACAACAGGUGAAUGUCCAGAGGAUCUACAGAGUGAGGAGGAAAGGAGAAGAAGAUACAUUAGCAUCAUGUAACCUUGACAACCACAAGUUGCUGUGGCAUGGGACUAAGCCUUUCAACAUUCUCAGUAUUCUCAGGCGAGGCCUGAUCAUGACGCCUAUUGGGGUACCCAUUACAGGAAUGCGAUAUGGAUCUGGUAUAUACCAUGCUGACAUGUUUACCAAGAGUUCUGCCUAUGCAGACAGCUAUGGUGCAGACUUCAAAAGCCGUUUCCUCUUCGUCGAUGAGGUUGCACUGGGUAACAUGCAGACAGAGGAUGCUGAACUGAAGAAAGGCUUCAACAGUCUCAAGAGCCUUGGACACGAAGAACCCAACCCUAACGGAGAUCUUCUUCUCCCCACAGGUGCUGUUCUGCCUCUUGGGAACCCAGCACGCGUUGGCAAGUCCUAUGGCUGGGGUCACAAUGAGUUUGUAGUCUAUAAGGAGAACCAGGUCUGUCUUCGCUAUCUGGUCCAGGUCCAGGCCUAGUCUAGGCCAGAAUGUAAUAGUGGAUCGGGGGAGAACCAAUCCAGUAGCUGAACUAGACCUGUAUUCAAUCAAACAUUGUGAAAUAAUAUUGUAAUGCAUCCUUAACAAGGAAUUAUCAAGUUAUCAACUUGAGUCUUUAUCUGCAUCAGAUGUAAAGGAAGUAUAGGGUGCUUGAGGAAACGGGGGGGGGGGGGGGGGGGGGGGGGGGGGGGGGUGGAGCAUGGGCAUGUGAAGUAAGUGAAAAACAUUUAAUACAUGUGAUUUAGUGCAUUAAUCAAAAAACAUAAAAACAUGUAAAUAAGGAUGAAAAAUUCUGUUAAAAGCUAAUUGAAAUAUAGGGAGAAAAAAAAAAUCUUUUUAAUCCAUAAUUUUCCAAAAUUCUCAUGGUAUUCUGUAACCUUGUAAUUAUCAGGUUGUGAUAUAUUAUUGAAUACAUGUAAUUAAGUGCAUUAAUCAAACAUUUAAAUGAUCGAGAUGAGAGGUUCUGCUACUUUGGUAAGAGCUCGUGAAAUAAAAAGGGAAGAAGAAGAAAAAUUGUGUUAAUCUGAAAUUUUCAUAAAUUUUCAUUUGUAAAAUUUUUAUGGUAUAUUGUUAAUUAUCAGGUUGUGAUAUAUCAUCUUACACUUGGGAGUGUAUAAAAGAAUAAAUAGGGGGAAAAAGACAAGAAUUUUAGUACUCAUAGAAUAAGACAAGGGUAAAAUUGUUAAAUAGUUGUUAGACUUCUAGAGUGUAUCUUGUUUUACGAUCCAGCAUCUCAGAUUUUGGUGAUAUUCUGCAAGUAGGGAAUAAGUUUGUAGCUGCCAGUAUAGGUUAACAUGAGAAUGAAAAUAUUUUCUGCUUUCAACUUUUAGAAUACCUGUAGGGAAAGGACAGCUACUAAACCACUGCUCAAAUAAUGUACAGUGCUCUGUUGUGUCCUUAUUUAUAGCUUGCUAUGUAGUAUAUGGUGCUGUAGUACUUUUUGCGGUAGUAUUUUGCAAUAGAAUGUUCUUGCGAUUUCCAAUGGUCAAUUUUUUUAUUAAAUGCUUUUAUGAAUCACAAUUGGAUUUAUUGUGAGUGUAAAUAAGCUCUGCAUGAAUUUUUAGCAAUUUAUAUUUUUUAGCCCGGCAGUGGGAUUUUUUCGGUGUAGAUGAAUGAAGUUGUUUGCAAAUGAAAUAUCAACUCUUUGUACAUGUGUAGAGAAGGGGAAAAAAAAAGAAAAAAAAAAUGAAUUGAAUUCAGAAUAGAGAUUGCAAAUUUUUGGGAGGUCCUCUUUUUACAAGAAACGGAUGUACAUAGUUAUAUUUUUCUUGGAAACAGUUCUGAGAAGACUGUGUACUUGUUACAUGCUCAACAAUAUUUCUCGUCAUGUCAAGUCGUCUGUGUGAAGAAAAAAGUUAAGUUCAACUCAACAAUACUUCCCAUUUUGAAAUUAAACACGGUUUCUGUACCACAAAGUUGUUAGUGUCAAGUUACCUAAUAAUACUGUGGAAAGCUAUAUGUAUGGUGUCUUGCAGAGAGCAAAUUAGACUGCAAGCAUUUAAUUGUUGUGAAUCAGUUUUUAUGACACUUGGGACAAGAUUAUAGAUCACUUUUGAAAUGGUUUUAAUUUGUAAGGUAAGACAUAAUUCAAGCCCCUUGAGUCAAAUAAACAAUCUUCAUUCCUCAUCCGAUAAAGCUGCUGAAUUUCUCGACUAUUUUUGUGUAACGCAGACGAAUCAUGGUUCAUCAAUUCACUUAUUAAAUUUACCAGUGCAUUUUGACUGUGAUGUAGGUGGUAAAAGUAGCUUCUCACAAUUUUAAAUGAAUUUGAUCCUUUUAAAAAAAUCUAUUUGUAUAUACUUAGGUGAAUGUUUUUGUAAUGGAUUUGUUUUUUAUUAAAUUCAGAUGUCCUGCCAUUUCAUGAAUUUUUAAGAUUGUAAAACAUGAUUGUGUUAUUAAAUUUAAUGUAGGUUGCCGAUGGACAUGAUCAUGGGUUGUAAAAUCGAGUCAGAAUUUGUAUGUAUUGAAACAUCUCGUGUAGUAUGAUCAUGUGUUUUAAUUCAAAUUUCCAGUUUAAUAUCAAUGAUGAAUUCAAUGCAAGCGGAAGUAACUUCGAUGUGAUCGAAAUGCUAUUUGCAUGUUUUACUUUUGAGCAUUGAAGUUAGAUGAAUCAUUGAUUUAAUAACAUUGCCUGAUGUAUUUGAUUAAAAAUGACCUUGCCUCUUUGUCACAAAAAAAACAUCAUUUGUAUUAGAGUAUAUCUCUUUAUUAAUGAUCAUGUUGUGAAUCAGUUUAAAAAUCAUUAAAAAUGACCUUGCCUCUUUGUCACAAAAAAAAACAUCAUUUGUAUUAGAGUAUAUCUCUUUAUUAAUGAUGUUAAAAAAGGAAUAGUGGAGAAAUUGCUUUCUGCAGGAGAAAAAAAGUAAGGAUAAUGAGGAAAUUGACUACUUUUUUGCAGGCUUUAAGCAGACAACUUUCUUUUAAUUAUUACGAAUAUUGCUACACAAAUGAAGAAAUUUAUCAUGUCUCUGAUAUCUGGUUGUGUGAAAUAAAAUCAAGGUCAUUUCAGUAUUUUUGCUGUCCAUACUGCACGUUCUAAACCUCAAUAUGACAACUAGGUGAAAAUUGACAUCCUUUCAACUUUGAGUGAGCUUUGGAAUCCUAAGAUUGAAGAAUCUCUGGCUUUUUAAGUACUAGCAUAAGGCCAGAGUUUGUUUUGACUGUUCAACCUCCUUUGUCAGAAAGUUAUUGUCUGUGGAUAUGAAUUUUCAACUCAUUUUUUAUGUUGUUUUUUUGUCUGUAAUAACGGCUAAUACUAUGUAUUCUUAGAUGUCUCACAUUGUCUUGUAUAGCCAAUAGUAUGAAGUCGGCAUUUUCACGUUUCCUUCACUGAACCUUUUUUUAUACCGAUUUUGUCUUUGUUGUAAUCUCAAACAAUAUACUAUAUUGCUUGAAUUAA